AUGUCGGAAACAGUUGUCCUGAUCUCUCGAAACGGCGAUUCCGCUGAUAUUCCUUGUAAUCGGGGAUCAAUUGACAAAUUGGAUGAACACGUCUUGAAAAUGGUUGCCUUCGGAGACAUCAAUAGGAAAUUACCGAACGAAAAGGAAGUCCACGACUAUUGUCGGGCUGACAUAGAAAUGGCUAAUUGGGGUAAAAACUAUACCAAAUCCUGUAUGACCAACAGAGAAGUGGAGACCAGUCGUCACGUAACGAAUCUCUUCAUGUUUUCUAUUAAAAAGGUGUUCACAAAGAGGUGUCGAUCGGAGACCACAAGAAGUAUAUUUAUAAAGGCCGGGAAGUGCGCCAACUUAGCCAAACCAGACACUGUUCAGUGCUACGAUAGAUACACCACUGAAACUGAGCAAGUUAACCGGGCCAAGAAAACCAUCAUCAAAAAUGAUAGACACUUAAUACCAUUGAUUUGUUGUUCGUACCACAGAUUUCACGACUGUGUGAACGAGGCCUGGGCUAAGACUAACGACGCCGAGCCGUGCAAUAAGAAGGCACAGACAGAACUGGACGGUUACGUGACUGAGACUAUGUAUGAUAUAUUGCAAUACCUGUGCGGCGAUUAUCAGGACAAUAACGACAAAUGCGAUAAUUUGCUCAAACGAUAUAAGGAUGUGUUCACUUCAGUCAAACUCAAAUCACUGCCAAAGUCUCCGCUCAGCGCUUCCAACGAGAUAUUUGAUAGCAUUCCUCCACUUUGA